CUGUCAAAUACAAAAUACCUCUUCAUGUAGAUGCCUGUCUGGGGGGCUUCCUCGUCGUCUUUAUGGAGAAAGCAGGAUACCCACUAGAGCAACCGUUUGAUUUCCGGGUGAAAGGUGUGACCAGCAUUUCAGCUGAUACCCAUAAGUAUGGCUACGCCCCCAAAGGCUCUUCAGUGGUGUUAUACAGUGACAAGAAGUACAGGAACUAUCAGUACUUCGUUGAUGCAGAUUGGCAGGGUGGCAUCUACGCUUCCCCAAACAUCGCAGGCUCACGGCCUGGUGGCAUUAGUGCAGCUUGUUGGGCUGCCUUGAUGCACUUCGGUGAGAACGGCUAUGUUGAAGCUACCAAACAGAUCAUCAAAACGACUCGCUUCCUCAAGUCAGAGUAUGUGUGGAAGACUGGGAUUCUGCCUUGUCUCUUGUUUUUCUUGCUAGUAGGCUCAGGGCAUCUGCCUGGCUAAGUACCCAUAGCCCUAGCCCAUUUGCCGUCUCCUGAGAAACCAAGGUUCUGGACUGCGGCUUAGGAAUGUGGUGCUGGCCUAGGAGGAUAAGCUCCCUUCCUCUGCUGUGACUUUUGGAGGGUCUUCAGAGACAGGGGUUUCAUUUGUAGGUCAGCUCAUCUCUUAAGGAUGUUUUAACAACUGGCACUCUUACCCAGUGCUGAUGUACAGUUUAGUGGUUAAGACGGUAGUUUCCAGACGUGAGCAUGUACCCUAAUCACCUGGAACGCUUGUUAAAACACAGAUUGCUGGUCCUG